AUGGAAAUCCAUUAUAAGAUGAGUAGUGUAUUUCAUCAUAAUCAUAGUCAUAAUCAUAGUCAUCAUCAUCCACACCAUCAACAUAGUAAUGUAAUUAUACAUCAUAGUCAACUUGGACAUCCACUAGAGUUACUUGAUUUACCCGAUGACAUUCUAUUCUACGCCUUUUACAAGAGUUUGAUGAUUCCACAGGCUAUCCUAUCGGUCAUCCUAUCGAGCUACAGUUUCAAGCAAAUGUUCAAGUUUCGUAAUCUUCUCUAUCGAUACUAUCAACCACUGCUAUCAGAUGCAUUGGAAAUAUUACAGAAAACUGCUUCUUUAAAUCAACGUGGUAGUAGUCAAGGUAAUGACAAUGGUAUUGAGAAUAAUGGAGAAGGAGCAUUUUGGACUACUGUUCAAGUAACCAAACAACCUUCAUUGGCAACGUCGACGAUUGAAAAAUCGAUUGUACCCAAUCAACGUGUAUCGGUUCUUCACAAUCACACAUUGGUGCAUCGUAACCUAACAACCUAUUGCAUACGUGUCACUCGUACCAUUCCAACACGUAUCCUCAAAAAGAUGAUGUCGUUGAUACUCGACUAUGAAAAGAUCCCCCUAUGGGACGUUGCAUUGCGUCAUUGCACGGGUAUGGUCAUCAAGAGUCCCGAGAUUAACGGUGUCGACGGUCACGUCAAAAAGGUUGAUAUUCUCCAUAAACAAAUCAUUGGCAAUCUCUUUAUGACCUAUGUUCGCAUGGUCUACACAGAGUCUUCAGACAAUGACCGUUUCUUUGCAAGUCCAAAUAGUAAUAUUCACAAUGAUUCAAAUGAUAGUACUACUUUUAAGAGUAAUAGUAAUAAUAAUAAUAGUAUUAUUAGUUUUAAUCAUAGUCAUAAUCACAAUCAACCUUCAAUGAUGUCAUCAUCUUCAACAACCAAUCCAAUUAUUCAUGAUCAAUUUAAUAAUAUUCUACUUCAAUAUAGUUCACCAUACCCUAUUCAACCAACUCAUAACAAUAAUAAUAUAAAUAAUAAUAAUAAUAACAAUAGUAAUAAUAAUAAUAAUGAACCAACAACUACAACAUCUGAUUUAUUGAAUAAUAUUGGGUUAUUACAAUACCAAUUAAAUGAACAACACCAAGAUAUUAUUAGAAAGUAUCAAAGUGGAUCACCAAUCUCUUCAGAUACUUCACAACACCAAGAUAAUAAUGACGGUCGGGGCGGUGAAGAUGAUUCAGAUGACUUUUCAUCAUCAACUGAUGAUUCAGAUUCAUUUGUUUCAGAUUCUGAAGAUGACGAAAGUGACCAAGAUGAUAGUAGUGAAUCACUUUCAGAUAGUGAAGGAUCAUUGGAUAUUGAAGAUAGUAUCAAUAGUCAUUUACAUCAUCCAAAUAGUGUAUAUAAUAGUAAUGCUUAUAGUAGUAAGAAUCACUCACGUUAUCGUAGAGAACAAGAGAGUGAUGAACAACAAGAUCAAGAUCAAAAUGAAGACAAUGACGAUGAAGAGGAAGACUUACAAUCAAGUACUAGAGCUCCACUCAAACGUGUUCGUAGAAAUAGUAUUGAUGAACCAAUUUUAUUAUCUCCCAUUCAUAUUGUUCAACAUCAUAUUCCAUUUCAUAUUAAAGGAAUGAAUAAUCAUUUAAUUGAUAAAGAAGUACAACCAUUUAAUUUGGAUUGUUAUGGAAGUGGAUUUAUUUUUGAACCAAUUGGUGAUGGUAAAGAGAUAAAGAUGACAUAUAUAUUACAAGUUCAUCAAGAAGAUUGGAUGGAUGAUGAAGCCAAAGAAAUGGUCGAUGAUUUGGCCAUUUCAAGAGGUAGAUCCAUUUCAUCUUUAAUUUCACAUGCCUAUCAUCUUUCAAGAUCAACCUAA